AUGAGUGAACUGGACCAGUUACGCCAGGAGGCAGAGCAGCUCAAAAACCAGAUACGAGAUGCCCGUAAAGCUUGUGCAGACGCUACGCUAUCACAGAUCACAGCUAAUAUUGACCCUGUUGGCCGAAUCCAAAUGCGUACAAGACGAACGCUGCGGGGUCAUUUGGCUAAAAUCUAUGCCAUGCACUGGGGAACAGAUUCUAGGCUGUUGGUCAGUGCCUCUCAAGAUGGCAAACUGAUUAUCUGGGACAGCUAUACCACAAAUAAGGUUCAUGCCAUUCCACUUCGAUCCUCCUGGGUCAUGACUUGUGCAUAUGCACCUUCAGGAAAUUAUGUGGCCUGCGGUGGUUUAGACAAUAUCUGCUCCAUUUACAACCUGAAAACCCGCGAGGGGAAUGUACGCGUGAGCCGUGAGCUCGCCGGACAUACAGGCUACCUGUCUUGUUGUCGUUUUCUUGAUGACAACCAGAUUGUUACGAGCUCUGGUGAUACCACUUGUGCACUUUGGGACAUUGAGACCGGGCAGCAGACAACCACGUUCGCAGGGCACACAGGUGAUGUCAUGAGCCUGUCUCUGGCCCCCGACUCUCGGUUAUUCGUCUCUGGUGCUUGUGAUGCUUCAGCCAAACUGUGGGACGUGCGAGAGGGCAUGUGCAGACAGACCUUCACCGGCCACGAGUCCGACAUCAACGCCAUCUGUUUCUUCCCUAAUGGAAAUGCAUUUGCCACGGGGUCAGAUGAUGCCACCUGCAGGCUGUUUGACCUGCGCGCUGAUCAGGAGCUCAUGAUCUACUCUCAUGACAACAUUAUAUGUGGAAUCACUUCCGUCGCAUUCUCAAAAAGCGGCCGUCUGCUUCUGGCCGGAUAUGAUGACUUCAACUGUAACGUGUGGGACACGCUAAAGGCUGACCGUGCCGGAGUGUUGGCUGGGCAUGAUAACCGUGUUAGCUGCUUGGGAGUUACUGAUGAUGAUCUGGAAUUGAAGCCUGAAGAUGUUCAUUAA